UAGUAGAGACAGUUUUUCACCAAGUUGGCCAAACUGGUCUCAAACUCCUGACCUCAAAUGAUCCACCAGUCUUGGCCUCCCAGAGUUCUGGGAUUAUGGGCAUAAACCAUCGUGCCUAGCCCACGUUGUAUUUCUAAUCUUCACAACAAGGUUCAUUCCCAUCUUAGGGUGAGGAAAAUGAAGGAAGAAUAGCUAAUUCCAACGUCAUGCAGCUAGUAAGUGGCUACCUGAUAUUUGAACUCAGACGGUCUCAAAAGUUUUAACAUUGUUUUGGCACUUCCAGAUUCCCUAUCUCGUUUGGAAUCAUUGCUUCUUUUUACAGACAAGAAACUGAGGCCCAGAAAGACUAAAUGAAUUUCCUUAAUCGUUCACUGACAGUAAACUAGAAAGCCAGGACUCUUGCUCCAUAGUGGAACAGUUAUGUGAGUAAACAUAGCCUUUAGUUAACUUCCAUUUCACAAGAAAUACAUGGGCUAGAACAUAAAUUCAACAACAACAUGAGGAAGUAACCCAGAAGGUCAAAAGUUCUAUAGAGACAAUUAUUGUGUUCUCUUCAACAAAUCAAUGUUUUUUCUAGAAUAAAAGAGCCUUAUAAGACAUAUAAAGGAAACUGAGUAUCUCAGUUGAAUCUUAGUGUGAAAAAACCAGUAUUGUGAUUAUAUAAGAAAAAGUACUUAAUUUUUAAAGAUAAGAAGUGACCACUAGAGUUUAAAUGUCACGAUGUCUCUAGCUGUAACAUAAAUAAUCUAGUAAAAUAAAAGGAUGGUGUAAGGGUAGCCAAAGCCACAUUCAGCAACUCACACCUCAAAGCCAAACAUGAAAGAUGAUAGUUUGUGGGACAAGAAGCAGGUUUCUUCAGAGAGCAAGCCAGCUAACUGAGAAUAUGGUAAACUAGCAUCCCAAAGUACCCUCUUAAGUGAGUACAAGAUUCGGGCCCUUUAUUUGAAAGGCACAGGAAAGAGAAGGAAGUUACAAUCAAGAGGUGACCGUUGACUGCAGAUGUCUGAGCACCAUCACGGGUCAAAGAAGGUCGGGAGUGUCUUUGUCCCCUGAUGUUCCAAUGGGCCCAAGCUUUGAUUUGUUGAAGAGAACAGUAAAUUGUCUCUACAGAAUGUCGAUUUCCUGGGCUGCUUCUAUGUGUUGUUGUUUAACUUAUGUUCUAGCCCCUGUAUUUCUUUCCAAACGGAAGUUACCUAAAGAUUAUAUUUAUUCUCCAGGUCACAACACUCCUAUAAAUCUUUAACAAUGCAUAGUUGUGUACAUACUUUCCCUUUAAUCCCAGGGUUAGUUUUUAAAACUACAUGACUGCUGUUUUAUGCAUGUUAUCUCACUGCUCUAAAAUUAACCUAGCUUCCAUAAAUAAAUAGGUAAAGAGCCCUUGAACAAAAAUAUAGUUAUGUUAGUUCUUUUAUUGUUUCACUGUUAUAUAAGUUGACAAAAAAUGAACAAUUAUUAACUCUAUGUGAUAGGUAUAUGGAGGUUCAUUAUACCACUCUCUUUUUUUCUAUAAUAAACUCCUCAUAAUAAAAAAUCUGGAAAGUAUAUUAUCUCAGUUUUAUGACAUUGAGUAAAGUUUAAGCUCCCUGGGUGUUCAAACUUUUUACCAGUUAAAUGGAUGUAUAAUACCUAUCUCAUAGAGUUAUAAGAAUUACAUGAGAUAGUUGAUGAAAAGCACUUAGAACAGGGUGAAGUGCACCAUAUGCCUACUCCGUUUGGUUAUUGAAUGUAUCUUUAGAAAGUUAUCUUUUUCAAGAGCCUAACAUGUGCCAGCCAUUGUUGUAGACAUUGAGGUACUAAGGACAGACAUGGCUGCUGUUGUCAAUGGUAUUUAUCUUUCCAGUGGUAUUUAUUACUAUUGAAGAUGUCACUAUUUUAUUUAAAGUUUGUUUAUCUCUUUUUUAGGGAGACAUCAGAGGAAAGAUAGAAGGAAAAUACCUCUUUAAACAAAAAUAUCUAAAGCAGUAACUAACGUUUCUGAAUAUCAUCCUGGGCAAACUUUCCAGAUUUCUUUUUAAAAUCUCAUUCCAAAUUUCUUUCAUCAGCUCUUUCCUCACCACUUCCCUGUAAUUUUAGCUUCCCUGGCCAUCUUCAUCUUAAACGGAGACCAGAUUUUAACAUCAAUGUAACUAGAACACCUUUUUGAAAUUUCCAACUGAAAAUUAUUCUGUAAGGUAUUUACACCUGCAUUUGAAUUCCAUCUCUGCCAUAUAGCUCUGGCCUUGGGCAGCUCAUCCACCUCUAAGCUAUACUUUCCCCAUCAGCAAAGUGUAGAUAUACCUAAUUUGCCUGGUAUCUAUAAGAAUUUACAACUAGAGAUAAAUUUCAUAAAGUGUUUAGUGUCAUUUUCAUAAAGUGCCUGACAUGCAGUGUUCUGGAAAAGAGAGCUUUUAUUGUUGGGGUGAUUAUAGUUGGUGAAUAAACUAUCUAUUUGCUAAGGUAACAUCUCCAGGGAGAGCAAGGCUGGAGCUCAAGGGGAAAGGUGGGACAUAGGACAUCAGCUUAUCUUUUCCUCUGUACAAUUAAUGACAGCUUUGAAGAUACUACUAUAAUUUGAAAAUUUGAAAUUAAUGUUUCAGCUGAACUAUCCAUUCAUCUUCCAGCCAUCAUGACCUAUAAGAAGAAGAGAUCAAGGGAAGACUCAGUCAAUGAAAAACGUAAUAUGAAAAUUGAGCACUAUCUUUUUCCGGUAUCUAAAAAGCAAAAGAUUAAUCCCAGUACUUCUCAAAUGAGGAUGGUGUCUAGAGGCAGCCCAAGUGAAAUAACUAAUACCCAUGCUCAAAGAUUCCAUUCACCUAAGAAAAAUCCAGAAGACCAGACCAUGCCCCAAAAUCAGAUAAUACAUGUUACCCUGGAUGUAAACCACAGGAAAAACCAAAAUAUGAAAUAUGUGCUCCCACCCAGUGAGAAUAAUAGCUUAUAUAUAGCUCUCAAGACUCUCCAGGCUGUCAGAAAAGAGAUAGAAACUCACCAAGGCCAAGAAAUCCUUGUGCAUGGAGCAGAAGGAAUCGAAGAGUACAUAAACCUUGGAAUGCCCCUCACUUGUUUUCCUGAAAAAUGCCAUGUGGUCGUUACCUUUUACAAAAGUAAAAGUAAGCAGAAGGAAAAUAACCAAAUACGUAGCUGGUGUGGCAAGGCAUCGACUGAAUGUGUCAAAUUCUACAUUCAUGCAAUUGGAAUUGGGAAGUAUAAAAGAAAAAUUGUUAAAUGUGGGAAGCUUCACAAAAAGGGUUGCAAACUCUGUGUCUAUGCUUUCAAAGGAGAAACCAUCAAGGAUGCUCUGUGCAAGGAUGGCAGAUUUCGUUCCUUUCUGGAGAAUGAUGAUUGGAAACUCAUUGAAAACCAUGACUCCAUUUUAGAAAAUACCCAGCCAGUUGAUGAAUUAGAAGGCAAACUCUUCCAGGUUGAGGUUGAGAACAGAACGCGUCCCAGUGAAGCAAGUCCUCAGAAUCCUGAGUCAGAGAAAAGAAACACCUGUGUGUUGAGAGAACAAAUCAUAUCUCAGUACCCCAGUUUGAAAAGAGAAAGUGAAAAAAUCAGGGAAAACUUCAAGAAAAAAAUGAAAAGAAAAAAUGGGAAAACAUUAUUUAAAUUGCAUAGAACAAACUUUGGGAAAGUAACAAAAAGCUCUUACUCUGUAAAAGUAGUGAAACUUCUUGGACAUCUCAGUGACUCAGUUGGGCACUUAUACUGGGACGGUGCAACUACAGGUUGUGCCACCUGCUUUGUUUUUAAAGGAUUGUUCAUUUUAACUUGUCGACAUGUAAUAGAUGACAUUGUAGGAGAAGAAAUAGAGCCAAGUAAGUGGGCAGACGUAAUUGGUCAAUGUGUAAGGGUAACAUUUGGUUAUGAAGAGCCAAACGAAAAGGAAACAAACUGCUUUUUCGUUGAAUCUUGGUUUGAGAUACAUGAUAAAGAGCUUGACUAUGCUGUACUGAAACUGAAGGAAAAUGGACAACAAGUACCUAUGGAACUAUAUAAUGGAAUUGUUCCUGUGCCGCUUAGUGGGUUAAUACAUAUUAUUGGCCAUCCAUAUGGAGAAAAAAAGCAAACCGAUGCUUGUGUUGUGAUCCCUCAGGAUCAGCGAGCAAAGAAAUGUCAGGAACGUAUUCAGGCUAAAGAAGCAGAAAGUCCAGAGUAUGUUCAUAUGUACACUCAAAGAAGUUUCCAGAAAAUAGUUCACAACCCUGAUGUGAUUACCUAUGACACUGAGUUUUUCUUUGGGGCUUCUGGCUCCCCAGUGUUUGAUUCAAAAGGUUCAUUGGUAGCCAUGCAUGCUGCUGGCUUUGCUUAUGACUACCAACAUGAGAUUCGUAGUAUUAUCGAGUUUGGCUCUACUAUAGAAUCCAUUCUCCUUGAUAUUAAGCAAAGACAUAAACCAUGGUAUGAAGAGGUAUUUGUAAGCCAUCAGGAUAUAGAAAUGAUGAGUGAUGAGGACUUAUGAGAAUUCAGUCUAUUAGAUUUAAAGGAAUGGCUUAUGGAGUUAUUUUUCAUAGGCAUCUAAAUUCCGAAAUGAUCAGUUUUAUCCAUAAUAAUACUAUUAACCAUUUCCUAUCUGUCAGGCACCUUUUUAAGCACAUGAAGAAAUUAGUCCUAACAACACUGAGAUGGACUAUAACCUGCAAUAUUUUAAAGUCAAGCGAAGUGAAGAAUAACAAGAUUAAAUAAUAAUCAGUUUCAUGACACUGAAAGUAAUGUAAUCACUAUUUUUUUCAUCUUUUAUAUUUUUGUGUAAAUUCAUUUGCUACAGUGCAGGAAUCAAAAUUUGUUCAUCUCAUUAUUCUCUACAUCUGACAUAAGGAAAGCAAGUGCUCAGCAAAAUGUGAAGGUCACUCAGUAGCAAAAGUUGGGGUUGUCAUUAAUGCUAACUUAGGAGCUAAAUGCUUGAUUAGAAAUGAUCUCAGAAUCUUUUAGAAUUUCCAAAAUCCUCAUGUCACUGAAACUGUCAGAAUACAUGGGUCCUGAAAUUCAGAAGACAAUAGUCAUUCUUCCCAUGUUUAUAGGCUAUUAAGGCAAGGGAUAUCUUAAAUAUCAUAUUACUUUAUUUAGAUUUCUUCUAUUCCAAUUAUGAAUGUUAUGUAUUUCUCAUUGUUUUACUUCUUCAUGGUAUUGUGAAGACUAUAUAGAUGAUUCAGCCAAGCCUGCAAAUCUCCCUCAUCUGGAAUUCCACUGGACCCAAUCUGUUUUCCAUUGCCAGUGCCAUGCUACUAAAGCCAUACAGUAUCAAGCACCCUCCAUCUAGGUCCAGGGAUAUCACAGAAGAGGUGGGCAUUUAAGAUUGUAAGGGCUGGUUUCAAGGGGUGCAGUCCAGGAAAAAAGCCUGUUGCAUUGCAAGGAUGAUGUCAUCUUGAAGUGCAGCUGCCAUGGUGACUGCUGUUUGACUCCUGCAUACCAAGAUAUUCUGCAACAAUGUCUUUAAACAAUGCUGGUAGUACAGAUAACCCCUCAUAAAGAUGCUUAGCUAACCUCCCCAGUGUUCAGGUGUUUCACAAGAAAGUCUGAGAUGCGACCAGAGCUACACGUUUUGCCAAAAAGGCUUGCUAUGUAAAGGGUAUUUUCGGGAGGGUGAGUGCUGCCAUUUAGUGGCUGCUGGAAACAUUGCUUCUGUUUGUAAGUUCCUAUUAAAUGUUUCUUUCUGAGAAA